AUGGCCAGCCACAAACAACGUCAACAACAACAAGAACAACCGCGACGCAUUUUAGAGAAGUCACGGACCGUUCGUCGAAGAUAUCAGAGAUCAAACAAACUAUUGGAAUUCACACCGUCCCAAAUCCAGCGGAUUGAAAGGGAGGAGGAGCGAGAAAAGAAGGCUCAACGGAUUCGAGACAAAGAGAAAAGAAAACUAGCCAACAAAAAAAAGAAAGCCGAAAAGGAAGCCAAAGAACGUGAACAGCGGAGGCGUUUGGGAAUUCCAGAUCCUAAUACCAUCAAAAUUCCUGCUAGCCAGCCUCUGCUAUUGAAUUUCUUCGGGGCGGGGAAUAAUGCAAAACAAGCGGACGAAGUUAAAGAAGGCAAUGAUGAAAGCAAGAAAUGCUGCGUUUCCACUAACCAUGAGCCAACAGAUAUAGUUCAACAAGAAGAUAUAACAGAUGCCGCCACGGAAGCAUUCAGUGACGUUGAUACAGAACUUGGGGACGAUUGGCUGGAUAACACGUUUUUAGAUGAACAGAUAGUACAUAAAGAGAGCACCCACGGAACUGUACACGAAUCGGCUUUAAAAGUCUCCAAUGCAAGCUCUGUGACACGCAACGAGGAACAAGCAACAACGCCAACACAGAAUAUGGAAGCUCGUGCUACUAGGGCGAGUAGUUUCAGUGACUCUUUCGAAGAUGACACCGCUCUCCUACUACAAGGGCUUGACCCUAGUGUCCUUCAAACUUUCGAAACACCCCAGAAGCCACAGUUGAGUUUACAUGGUUUCAACACUGGGAGCACUGCAAUGAAAAAUAUGCAGCGUACCAUCACACCUUGUAUGCCACAUUCUGCAUGCAUUACACCCCAGGUCGAAGUUACAAAGCUAGCAGGUGACGGGAAAUCACUGAAAACUCGACCUAUUGCUCCAUUUGUAGAGCUCAAGGAGACAAAUACAGCCCCUGACGCAGAAGGAUAUCCUCGAUUUUCUCCAAAAGAGACUGUUUGUCGAGACGCGCAUAGAACCGAGGCCAAUGCAGCUCUUUUGGAGAUGCACAAUGCUGAUGCAGAAGAUGAAUACGACGAUCUACCUCUCUCUACACAGGAUGUGAGAGACCUCGAUCGUAUGAUAGGCCUGGGUUGA